AGCCAUUGCUGCUAAAUGGCGGUUCUGUAUCUCAAAAGAGUUUCACAGUCCUUACCGAGCUGUAGAAUUUUAGGAAGUGUGAGAGAUCUAAGCCACUUUACUAAGCAUCCGUUAAAUUCCGUGGAAACAGGGAAGAGAUCACCGAACAUCGCCUUUUUUCUUGGUUUUGGACUUGGUGGUCUACUUGGAUUUUCCGGAAUUUUUUAUGGAAAGAAACAAAGAAAGACGUCACCAAUAGAGGCCUCGUUCAACAAAAAAGAGAGCGAAGAAAAAGAAAAUAAAUUUCCAUUGCCAGUACCCAACAAAAGAGAAGAAAAUAUAUAUGGCAAUUCCUAUUGGACCAUUCAAUCUGCCAUAGAGGAAUCACAGCAUAUCAUAAAAUGUAUGAAGGAAGAAAUUGGUUGCCCAGGAGUUUGUAUAGCUGUUAGCCUAGAUGGAAAAACUGUUUGGAGUGAAGGAUUUGGGUUUGCAGAUGUAGAGAAUAGAGUGUUGUGUACCAGUGAAACUGUCAUGCGAAUUGCAAGUAUCAGUAAGCCUUUUACUGCAACAGCUGUAGCCAAGCUGUGGGAAAAAGGUAAAUUAGACCUUGAUGCACCAAUCCAAAAAUAUGUCACAUCAUUUCCUGAGAAGUCUUUCAGUGGCUCCCCAGUCACACUAACAACCAGACACUUAUUGUCUCACCUUGGUGGAAUAAGACAUUACCAAAAACCAACAGCAUCCAGUGAAGAAAAUGAGACAAACAAAGAGAAAAGAGGUACAGUGAGUGAUGGCUGCACUUGUAGACGAGGAGGUGAUUCACAGUUUGAAGAAUUCUACAGUAAGGACCACUACAAAUCAGUCUCUGAGGCAAUAGCCAUUUUUAAAGAUGACCCGCUCCUAUCCAAUCCUGGUACAAGUUUUUUAUACACCACGCAUGGUUGGACUUUACUAAGUGCUGUUGUAGAGAGUAUAUCUGGACAAGACUUUCUUCUUUUUAUGAAAAAACUGUUUAAAGAUCUGGGCAUGGAAAACACAUGUGCUGAAUUCAAUGAUACAAUUAUUAUGAACAGAGCAAGAUUUUAUCAACGCAAUUGUAAAGGACGUCUUAUGAAUACACCAUAUGUAGACAACUCAUGCAAGUGGGCAGGCGGGGGUUUCCUUUCCACUGUCAAAGAUCUGAUCCAAUUUGGGAAUUCUUUGCUUUAUGCCAAACAGAUAGGAGAGGUGGACAGCAAGGAAGCAUCCGGCUAUCUUCCUGGAUUUCUUAAACCUCAUACUGUAACUGAACUCUGGAAAAUUGUGGCUAACACAGAAGGUCAAGGUGAUGGAGCUGGUGGCUAUGGACUUGGCUGGGAGGUCAUUGCAGAAAAACAGGAGUUUGGAUGGUGCUCACAUCAAUCAGAAUGUGUACUUCAUAAUGGGGGAGCAGUUGGAGCAAGCAGCAUAUUGAUGAUAAGACCACAAAAAAUUCACCCAAAGCCCCCAAAAGGAGUGGUUAUUGCGAUAUUGGUGAACCUUCAAGGAGUAAAUCUUCAAAAAACUGCACUGGCUGUGGCCCAAUGCUUUGAGAGAACUCAGCAAUAAUCAUCACUUUGGAAAAUUCCAUUGGUUGGUCACAUCUUAUGACAUGGUAUGACGUCGCAGUAUUUUUUCCCAAAGAUUUUAUUGCUAACAAAGGGUAUAUGAAUAAGAAAAUAUAUACACAAUUAUUAUACUUUGUUACAGCCGUUAUCACAUAAUAUAAUUUGCUAAGAUGACAUUAUUGACUGAAAUUAAAAAAAUUAUGAAAUAUCUAAGGUUCAAAGGUUUUGUAAGACAACCUUUACAACAACAACUGCAUCCUGACCUCCCUCUUUAUGUCAUGAUAACAACUGUAACUUGUUUUUUUAACACCACUAAGAAAUCUUGAAAAUUUUUAAUGUUUUGGUGAAAAAUAAGAAAGUCAAAAUUUACCCUGUGUUCUAGGUACUUUUAUAAGUUUUAAGAGAUAUUAUAAUUGUACAGAGUGAUUUAGUGUUGAAACUUGUGUUAUUCACUAACAAAAUUAAUCUAAUAAUAAAAAUAAUUUGAUGUGUCAAAGAAGUUGAUACAUAUUGCUUUUGGAAAGUAAAAUAAUCAAAUACAUUAAAAUUGAUAUUGUAAUAAGCAUAUGGUAAAAAUAUAGACAUAAGACACCUCACAUUAAAAAUUUUAUAACAGAGACAAAUAUUUUCACAAAAAUUCUUCAUGUCACACAAAGGUAAUUUUUGUUCCAAUCAUUUCCUGCACCUUCACACCUAUGAUUACCUUAGUGUACUCUGGCAUUAAAAAGGAUUCACAACUUUA